GCUCUGUAUGGGCUUCUUAUCUUGUCUUGGAAAGUUCAUCCCCUUGGGACCAUUCGCUAGUCAUGUUCAAAGUGAUGAUUGAGUCCACGUCACAGUUAUUUUAUAUAUCUCAUUGAGUCACUUUCGAUUGAGAGGUGUCCCAGCAACAAUCUCGAUGCUACUUGGAAAAAAUCAAUUACAAAUGCUCGGUAGGUCCAAGUCUCAACUUGGGCCAAGUAUAUCAUUUCCCUUGGAAACGGAACAUCAAUCAGACUGCAAUCAUGCCUGAGGAAUCUAGGGAUCCUAUUCUUGUCAUUGGAGCAGGCGUUCUCGGCCUGUCGACCGCCACAUUGCUGCAAGACACCUAUCCAAAUUCGUGCAUCACCAUUGUCGCCGCUGAACUACCUGGUACGUCUGCUCCAUCUGUAGACUAUGCGUCUAUGUGGGCAGGCGCACACUAUCGGCCCAUCCCACGCUCAACUCCACAGCUUGAGGAUGAAGCCCAGCUGGCGAUGCGAUCUGCCCAAGUUAUGAAGACCAUUUCAACACAGUCACCCGAGGCUGGCGUUGCCUUCAUGCAGGGCGUCGAAUAUCUCGACAGUCUCACCCAAGACGUCAUCGCCUUCAAGACAGGAGAUGUCUACGCGGGCAAAGACGAUGGAUUCCGCAUUCUGGACCAGUCCGAACUUCCAACUGCCGUCCAAUGGGGCUGUGAAUAUCGAACCUUUUGUGUCAAUGUACGCAUCUACUGCCAAUGGCUGCUGGAUCGGUUUGUUCGGCGUGGUGGAACAGUCAUCCAACAGCGACUGCCAAAUGCAGCUGCGGCGUUUGAAAUGGCCCGCGAACAUGGGCUGGGCCAAGUCAAGACUGUGGUGAAUUGUUCAGGUAGAAAUUUCGACCAAGACGCGAAGAUGACAAUUAUUCGUGGCCAGACUGUCUUGGUCAGGCAGCAAUACCAUCAAACCAUCACUCGACAGAAUCGUGAUGGUACCUGGGCGUUCUUGAUCCCUCGUCCGCGAAACGGCGGGACAAUUGUGGGCGGAACAAAAGAGAUUGGAGACCACGAGUCGCAGCCCAGGCCACAAACACGGAAAACCCUUCUUCAAAACGCUGUCAAUAGCUUCCCAGAUUUUGUUGACAAAGUCGACGACUUCGAUGUCGUUCAGGACAACGUUGGCAGACGACCAUGGCGCGAAGGCGGUGUGCGAACCGAGGUGGAAUUUAUCGACGGCGAGUGCCAAAUCAUUCAUGGCUAUGGAGCUGGUGGUCGAGGGUAUGAACUCAGUUGGGGUGUAGCCGAGAGAAUUCUCGGACUGGUUAGACAAAGCACAGGCGCGACGCCUCGGCUGUGAACGCAGGAACACGCCCCAGAUUCAGCGUACAUUUUAAUGCAAACCCUGAAGCAGCUCCGUCCUUGUUCAUCUCUUCUUGGUCGGUUUCCCUUCAGUCUCCUGCAACUGCUGUAGUCGUG